AGCCAGGGAGUCGCGGUCCCCGGCCGGCCACCCACCCACCAGCGGCCCGCUGCCCCGCGGAGCGCUCAGCCUGUGCCCCAGCGGCCGGCCACCAGGGGGAGCCCCGGAGUCAGCCGGCGGCCACUAGAGGCUGGAGCGAGCGAGCGGCUGCCUCACUCGCCGCGGCGCGGAGAUGCUUGUGGGCGCCGGGCGAGAGGCGGCGCGGAGCCGAGUCGCUGCGGGUCCCUACGCACUAGCCGCCUCCCCGCUGCGCCCCGCGCCCCGCCAGGCUGCCCCCGCCGCGCUGCCCCGGGAGCGGGAGGCUCCACGGCCGAGGAGCAGGAUGCUGGUCCCGGGGCGCCGCUGGGAGCCCCUCGCCCCGCCGCUGCCGCUGCUGCUGCUGCUGCUGUCGGGGAUGCUCCGGCCGCCGGGGCUGGCGGCGUUCAACGUGGACGAGGAGAUGGUGACCGUGUACAGCGGGCCCGAGGGCAGCUACUUCGGCUACGCGGUGGAUUUCCACCACUACACCGGCGCAGUAAGUGUCCUGGUCGGUGCUCCCAAAGCCAAUACUACACAGCCGGAUAUACAGGAAGGGGGAGCGGUGUAUUACUGUCCUUGGCCAGCCGCUGAGUGCAAACAGAUCCCCUUUGAUACUACCAACAACAGAAAAAUCAAAGUCAACAGCACCAGGGAACCUAUUGAGUUUAAGUCAAAUCAGUGGUUUGGGGCAACAGUCAAGGCUCAUAAAGGAAAAGUUGUGGCUUGUGCUCCCUUAUAUCAUUGGAGGACCCUUAAAGCCACCCCUGAAAAGGAUCCAGUUGGCACCUGCUAUGUUGCAAUUCAGAACUUCAGUGCGUAUGCUGAGUAUUCUCCUUGUCGCAACAGCAAUGCAGAUCCUGAAGGACAAGGUUUCUGUCAAGCAGGCUUCAGCUUAGAUUUUUACAAGAAUGGGGACCUUAUAGUAGGAGGACCUGGGAGUUUUUACUGGCAAGGACAAGUAAUCACCACCAGUAUUGCAGAUAUCAUUACGGACUAUUCAUUCAAGGAUAUUCUAAGGAAAUUGACAAGAGAAAAGCAAACUGGAGUGGCACCACCUAUAUAUGAUGACAAUUACCUGGGAUACUCAGUGGCUGCUGGGGAAUUUACUGGAGACCUUGAACAAGAGUUGGUUGCUGGAGUGCCAAGAGGAGCACAGAACUUUGGCUAUGUUUCAAUUAUUAAUUCUACAGACUUGACCUUUAUUCAGAAUUUCACUGGUGAACAGAUGGCGUCUUACUUUGGGUACACCGUCGCCGUGUCGGAUGUUAACAGUGAUGGUUUAGAUGACAUCCUAGUUGGUGCCCCCCUCUUCAUGGAGCGUGAAUUUGAGAGUCAACCUAAGGAAGUAGGGCAAGUUUACCUGUACUUGCAGGAAAGUGCUUUCUACUUCCGAGAUGCACAGAUACUGUCGGGCACUGAAGUGUUUGGUAGAUUCGGCAGUGCCAUCGCACAUCUUGGAGAUCUCAACCAGGAUGGCUAUAAUGACAUUGCAAUCGGUGCACCAUUCGCAGGAGAAGACAGAAGAGGCAAAGUGCUCAUUUACAAUGGACACAGGAAUGGGUUAAAUGCUAACCCUUCCCAGGUUCUUAAUGGAGCCUGGGCCUCACAGUCCAUGCCUGCGGGAUUUGGCUUUACUCUAAGAGGAGACUCAGACAUAGACAAGAAUGAUUACCCAGAUUUAAUAGUAGGUGCAUUUGGAGCUGGGAAAGUAGCUGUUUACAGAGCAAGGCCUGUUGUGACAGUGGAUGCUCAGCUCAUGCUGCACCCAAUGAUUGUAAAUCCAGACAAUAAAACUUGUCAGAUUCCUGGGUCUAUGAUUAUGGUGGCCUGUUUUACUGUAAGAGUCUGUGUAGCUUUUGAAGGUCAAAGUAUUUCAGAUAAGAUAGUGCUGCAAGCUGAAUUGCAAUUAGAUUCAUUGAAACAGAAAGGAGCUGUUAAAAGGACCCUCUUCUUUGAUUACCAUCAGUCACAUCAUUUCUUCCCCAUUGUGACAGAAAGACAGAAACAGCUCCAUUGCCGGGACUUUGUUGUUUAUCUCCGAGAUGAAACAGAAUUUAGAGAUAAAUUAUCUCCAAUCAGUGUUAGUUUGAAUUACAGCUUGGAUGAAUCCACUUUUGAAGAUGAUCUAGCUGUGAAACCAAUACUGAACUAUUAUCAAGAAAGCACUGUUAGGGAGCAGGCUUACAUUCUGGUGGAUUGCGGAGAGGACAACAUGUGCAUUCCUGAUUUGAAACUUUCAGCUACACCAGAUAAAGAUCAACUAAUCAUUGGAGAAGAAAAUUGUGUCAUGCUCAUAAUAAACCCACGGAAUGAUGGGGAAGGAGCCUAUGAAGCUGAGCUUCAUAUAAAGAUCCCACCUGAAGCAGAUUACACAGGUGUUGAACGAAACCACAAGGCAUUACGUGUAUUGAGCUGUGAUUACAAGAUGGAAAAUGACACUAGAAUGGUGGUUUGUGACCUUGGAAAUCCCAUGGUGGCUGGAACAAAUUUCUCCACUGGCAUCCGAUUUUCCGUUCAGCAUUUUGAAAAUGCCGAUUUCAGCAUCACAUUUGAACUGCAAGUAAAAAGUUCUAAUAAGGUUAAUCCCACCAGCAAUUUGGUUAACCUUCAAAUCAACAUCAGUGCUGUGGCUCAAGUGCAGAUCAUAGGUGUGUCUCGUCCUCCACAAAUUGUUUUGCCACUUCACAACUGGGAGCCUAAAGAUGAGCCCACCAAAGAAGAGGAAGUUGGCCCUUUAGUAGAACACAUAUAUGAGCUGUAUAAUAUUGGACCAAGUGCCAUCAAUGAAACAUUACUCCAUGUUGGAUGGCCUGCAUCCAGUCGAGAGGAGUCUCUUCUUUACAUUCUUCAUAUUCAGACACAUGGACCAUUGCAAUGUCAAACAAGCUCUGCUAUCAAUAUAUUCCAAAUAAAGUUUGCUAUUCCACAGGACACCCCGGAACUCACUGCUUUUUUGCAUAACUCCACUAUUCCUCACUAUGUCGGGCGGAGGGAUGUCACCAUGGUAGAACCACAAAGGAAGAGCUACGCAAAAAUACUGAACUGUACAAACGUGAAGUGUUUAAUAAUCUCGUGUACAGUAGGACAGCUAGAAAGAGGAAAGAGUGCAGCACUAAAAAUCAGAUCUCGGUUAUGGGCCCAAACUUUCCUACAGAGAAAUAAUUACCAGUAUACCCUUUCUUCCAAUGUGUCCUUUGAAGUUAAGAAGAUGCCAUAUAAAGUGCAGCCGGCAAAACACCCUGAGGGUAGCAUAGCAAUAAAAACGUCUAUCAUUUGGGCUACUCCAAAUGUCUCCUUUGUAAUCCCUUUAUGGGUUAUAAUACUAGCAAUACUCCUUGGAUUGUUGGUUCUGGCUAUUUUGACCUUAGCUUUGUGGAAGUGCGGCUUCUUUGACAGAGCUAGACCUCCUCAAGAUGACAUGGCUGACAGGGAACAACUGACAAAUGACAAGACUACUGAUGCAUAAAAGAGGAGAGUGAAGGUUCAAUUCAGAGUCCCGCUCAAGCCUAGAAGUGUGCUAAAGAUUAAAUGAAGGAUUUCUUCUACCAACAGUCUUCCUUUGAAAUUGCAAGUGCCAUGAUGUUGUAAUCUGAUCUAUGCAACGUUUCUGAAAAAUCACCACAUGAUGAUGAUCCUGGGCAGAAAUCAGCCCUAUCACUGCCUUAAAAACAUAAUCCGUCACUGUGCAAAGAGUUUUUGUACCAUACUUCAGUCGCUCUAGAUUUUGACAGAUGUUUUGGAGUACAUGUGGUGUGUUAAAUCACUUUCAGAAUAACCCAAACCUUGCAAAGAUGAAAUGCCUGCAUUGCUGUAUCAUCUAUAAGAUGGAUCAGGACAAAGCUUUCAAACACUACUGUAUCAUGCAGAAUAUUUUUGACACCUCCCUAAGGAUAAGAACUUUUAUGAAAUUGUGGCUCAGGGAGACAAGCAAUAUAUUGGUACUGUGAAAGUACUUCUGAAGCAGAAAGGUAGUCUCUAAAGGACUUUAUACAUGGGGCACAAUUUAUUUAUUUUUCCACCUUUCUGGGAUGAGUAUCAGAUCUAAUCGUAGAUUCGGAGUUUUAGAGAAGUAAAUCAUAACAUGGAAAUCAUUUGCUUAUCUUGUAUGUAAGUAGACAAGUGGCCUGCACAUUCAGAUCAAUUUUCCUGGCUACAAGGGUGAUUUGGGGAGCAGGGGAAUUUAAAUAUAAUUGUAUUGGAAGGGGCAUACAAUAAAAUAUUUUAAAGAUA